AGGUGCAUUGUGGGGAGGAAAGUCGUUGCCAUUCGACCUCUGCGGGGCCUGCGCGGACGCAGCGAGAACCCUGAAAUUCAUUAUGCGUUUAAAACCUUUAUUUAUUUCCGCAUAACCUACAUACUCUCACCGGGAGGGCCAGGCAGGGGAAAGAAACGACGGCGGGCCAUCUCUUUCGGGGAAAGACAUCGCUUUUAAAUUCACUGUUUAUUCGCUGGAGGGUAGACACUGUUGGGAAAGUGAAGAUAGUAAUAUUUAUAAAGAAAAAAUGUCCGGUGAGAGAAAUCGCAGGUCUCUGGCUUUCCGAGGAGGUGGAUCAGCUGGGUUAACGGGCUCCAGCGGCAUCGGCGGGGGCAACUGUAACAGCUGGGAGGCCCCGGCCUGUCAAGACCGACAUUUUAACGGGAAUAGGCCGGAUCAAGAGGAGGACAGGGAUCUGGGGGCGAAGGGACCGUCGCAGAAGAGAGUGGAGGGCGCUGGGUCUGUCAGCGACAGCACGGAGCCCGAGGCGGAGGAGGAAGAGGACCCGGAAGGGGGCAGCUGUGCAACCGGGGACGGGGACGAUCGUGCGGGCUCGGUUGAAGGAGACGACGGGUGUAGGGAGGGAAAUAGCUGGACAGCGGGGAACGGUCCCACCAACAACACUGAAGAAGGACAAGAGUGUCGGGGCGUUGUGAGGGGAGGCGAAACUGGUUCCAGGAAAUCUGGGGUAGAGAUGAGACCGCAGACCCUGCUUCAGAAACACUCACGAUUCCACGCUGCGUGGCUGCAAGAAUUCCCAUGGCUCAAAUUCUGCCAAGAGACGGGACUCAUGUCUUGUUCUUGGUGCCACAACAUUGCCACUAAAAACAGCGACGAGCUCGUCAAAGGGAGCCGUAACUACAAGCGGGCCUUGCUGCUGAGACAUCACCUGUCUUCCGAGCACGGUAGAAAUGACCCCACCAAACAGGAGACUGUGAGACCAUUGGACAACACCAGCCCCUCCACUAACUGCUCAGAGGACGACUACCGCAACAAGCCCAAUGAAAACUCCUACUGUUACCAGCUACUACAAGAGUUGGACAAACAGCGCAAAAGUGGCAUCCUCUGUGAUGUGAACAUAGUUGUCUCAGGCCAGGUGUUCCGCGCGCACAAGAACAUCCUGGUGGCGGGCAGCCGCUACUUCAAAACUCUCUACUGUCUGACCAAGAGCGAGGCGCAGGACCAAGCCACUGUCACACACCUUGAUGUUGCUGCCGUGCAGGGCUUCUCGGUCAUCCUCGACUUUCUCUACUCCGGAAAUUUGCUGCUCACAAGCCAAAAUGCCAUUGAGGUGAUGACUGUUGCGAGUUACCUCCAGAUGACGGAGGUUGUACAGUCGUGUAGGGCUUUCAUAAAGGACGCUCUGAAUAUCAGCAUUAAACAAGAGGCUCCUGAUUCGGUGGUGGUGGACUACAACAAGAGGCAGACAGUGGCCAAGGAGGGACAGAGAGGGCUGGAUCGGAAACCAAGCAACUUUUGGGCCACGAGUAUCCUGUCCAAGCUGUCAAUCAAGGCAAGCGGCAACCAAGGAAAGGAUGCAAUUGAAGAAGACGAUGUUAAUGGCAGGGUAAAGGAGGAAACCAGUGAUAUAGAGGUGACGGGGGCCGGGGUUGAGGGCUGUGCCCUUGUGACCCCAGGGGCGUCUGGUAACUGGACCCACCACAAUGAAACCUCAUCUGACUCAGCAGAGACCAAUGACAUGCGAGCAGCAAGCAGCCAGACGCAGGUCUUCGUCUGGAACGAGCCUGUCGCGGGGGGCACCGCGGCAGCGCCUGCCGCAAUAAAGCGAGAGGCGACGGACGCUGCCGCGGGAAGUGGGCGGCGGAAAAAGCAGACCACCACAAGGCGAUUCGUCUACAACUUCCAGCCAGAGCCUGAAGAAGGAUUCGAUGAAGGGAUGUUCAUCCAACCGUCGGCCUCCUACCCCAGAGAGGACUUCUCCUCACUCUCAGAAAAUGCUGAGCUGGCCAAUCAGAUCCAGUAUAGCAUCAUGCAAGACUUACAGCAAGGGGAGUCCUGGGAGAAUGGCGAGGCCUCACACCUAGCCCUCAAUAAGCUCAAGUGCCCCCACUGUAACUACAUCGCCAAGCACCGCCGCACACUCAAGAGGCACCUGAUCAUCCACUCAGGUGUGCGCUCCUUCAGCUGCGACAUCUGCGGCAAGCUGUUCACCCGCCGCGAGCACGUAAAGAGACAUUCCCUGGUGCACAAGAAAGACAAAAAAUACAAAUGCAUGGUUUGCAAGAAGAUCUUCAUGCUUGCAGCCAGCGUCGGCAUCCGUCACGGUUCGCGGCGCUACGGUGUGUGCGCCGACUGCGCCGACUCACACCAAGCCACUCAGGAGGGCCUGGAGGGCAUGGAGUUUCCUCGCGAUGACGACUUUGAUGGCGAGGAAGUGGAGGACGUGGAGGGGGAGGAGCCCACCGACAACGACCAAUCAAACUGGGGCGAGGGCAACACCGCCGCCGCUCCAGACGAGGACUAAAAAAAUCUAAACAAGCUUGAGAAACAAAUCUGAAAAAAAAAGUUGAUGUUUAAUAUAUAUAUAUACAUAUAUAUAUAUAUAUAUACAUGUAUGUACACAAAACCUAGCUGGUAAACAAUCAACUCCAAAGUGCUAUCAAACCUCGAGGUUACUUAAUUGUGCAAGUACACAACAAAGAGAUGAUUUUUUUUUUUUUUUUUAAAGUUUUGUUAGUAUGGGAACUCCAAUAUGUACAGAUUUUAUUAUUAUUAUAAUGUGUCCAACUCUGGGCCCAGCGCCUAUAAGAGAAUGAUUCUAAUGAUGAAUUAUAUGAUGAAUCAGGUUUUUGGUGAUGUAUUUUUUAUUUCCUGUUUGUUUUUCGGGGUGCAAGUUGGGUGGGGUGUUGUAAUUUUAUUUUUAUUUUUUGAGUUGAGGUAGGCCAAUCAUCUAAACAAAGAAAUGUUAAUUAUUUAAUUUAUGAAAAGAGCUUAUUAUGGUCUUAUUAAAUGCUAUUUUGUUUCAGUUUUUUUUUUUUUUUUUCUGUGUGCGCGAGCAAUCUGAAAGUGUGUUGCUUGAGGCACACAGACGAAGAGCAUUACUGUCCACAGGAAGAGUGAUAUUUGCUCUGUAGAGCUGGUUUAGACGCGCUAAAUAUUGUAUUCGUUUCUGUUUUGUUUUUGUCUUUCCUAUUUUCUUUCCCUGCUAAAAUCUUGGAACCAAAAAAUCUGUUUUGUGACUCUAAUGUAUCACAGCCAUAUUUAUGAUUAAUUUAAAGAAAAAAAAAAAAAAAGGGCUGUGAUAUUGUGCCAAACAGACCGCACACCAAGAUUUAGCAGGAAACAAAAACUACUGAAUAUACUUAAAAAAAGAAGAAAAAAAAAGACAACAUUGGGUUUGUUGUUUUAAAUAGGGUGGGAAAUAUUAAAAAAAAAUAGAAAAAGAGGGGAAUUGUUAUUGCUAGCUUUAUACAAAUCACAGCGUCACAGUAACACUUUAUUAUUAUUAUUAAACAAAAGCAUUUGACUUUCACUUAAAGCUUGAAUUUUUGCCAAAUGAUGAAACGUUUGGUGCUGUAAUGCUUGUCGCAGAAUACUGGACCUACAGGCUAUAUAUGAUGUUUAUAAUCAUAAAAGCUUAAACUGACUCAGUUAUGCAUAUAUAUAAUCAGCUUAAUCUAUAGAACACUGUUUUGCUACGGCGACUAUCAGGUAUGCUUUUGCCAUCGUUUUGAAGCUUUUUAUUUUUAAUUUAACGCGCGCACACACAUACCAUUUUUUCUUUUUUUUUUUUGCAAAACUACCAACUGUACUUGUGAUCGCCAUCUUGAGGACCUAAAUGGACAUCAAUUACCUGUUUGUUUAUGUUUGGUACUGAGGUUGAAAGCUAAAUGAGCAUAUAUAUAUAUAUAUAUAUAUAUAUUUUCUAAUCACUUGAACGUUGGUUUGUGAUGGGGCGGGGCUAGAAAUGUGCAGAAAUUUAUGACGCGUGAUGUUUUAAGUCUAAAACAACUCCAUUUUGUAUUUGUUAAAGUCAACAGUUUAAUUUGUGUGUGUGUGUGUGUUUUCUUUUUUAUUUUUUUAAGGUCUGCCAGGUAGAAAACACUUUGUUCCACAUAAAGUGAAGCUCUAUGGCGCCUCAUAGACAUGCACUUACUUUUCAUGAAAAGAGUUUUUCUUUUUAUGUUCGUCUCUCCCCCAAAAGCGGGUCUGAAUGGAACUAUAUAAAAACUGUUGUCUUUCUUCCAGUUGCAUCUUUUCUUUUUAAUAGAUGUCCUGUUUUUAUUAUUUAAUAAUAUAUAUAUGUAUAUAUAUAUAUACAUAUAUACAUAUAUAUAUAUAUAUAUAUAUAUAUAUAAAAAACUCCAAAAUGCAAUCAAGACUGUUAAUUUCUAUUUGUCCAACCAAAAUUGUUUUUAUUAAUUAUUGUUGGAAUAUAAUGUAUGCGGAAAAGCCAGGUGAAUACUUGCUUAGUGUAGAAAUAAAAACAGAAAUCCUUGCUCGUGUCUGUAACUGUUGAGAUUUUUAAAUGUUUUUACUCUUCAAAAUCAUUCACUUUACCUUGGUUUUAUUUUAUUUUUUGUCUUUUCCACUUAUGUUUUCUCCUUUGUUUCACCAAGCACAUGUUUUUGUAAAGAAACACUGAUUGUUUGCAGGUUUAAAGCUUGGAACAGCAGUAUCUGUUCGUAUGCAGUGGAAUUAUACAGUAUGUACUGAAGUGCUAAUGAUACCGAAGAUGUGUAACUUCCUUUAUACGCUCAGUGGAAGAAGAUAUAUUUUAAGUCAUAGAGAUAUUCAUCCUCUUUGUGUCACUUUUUACCUUCGAGUCACAGUGGGAGGGGUUAUGUUGCGGAUAUAUAUAUGUAUGAAUAUAUGUUGAGAAUAUAUGAGAUAAAUAUAUAUAUAUAUAUGUAUGAAGAAUAUAUGGAAUUAAUGGAACAUGGUCAGCCACAAACCUCCUGCUGUGGUGAACUUUUUUAACCUUUUGCUUUCUCCGUUUUCACGCUGCGUGCUCGUUCAUCUCACCAUCUGUUAUGUUUGUUCUUUUGAUACUAUUUACCAUCCUACUGAUUUUACUGUAAUGAAUGAAACGCAAAAGCUAUGAUGUAUCAUGAUAGAUUUUAUGCUGUAUUUGUUAUAUGGACAACAAAAUCGACAAAAGAAAAAAAAUCCCACAAAAACAGAAAAAACAAACAAAGCAAAAACACUACAGAUGUAAAGCAGAGGUUUUCUUUCCCAGCUGUAUUUUUUUACGCUGUUGCAAAAAAAAAA